GUCCCCCAGCGCUACCGCGGCGUGGAGCCGCGCUGCCCACUCCGCGCCCCGCUCCGCGCCCCGCUCAGCUUCCCGCCGAGCCGCGCCCCUGCCCCUGCGGGCCCGGCGGCGCGGGGAUGGGCGCGGGGCUGUGAAGGGCGGCCGGGAGCCGUGGCCAUGGGGAACAUCUCCUCCAACAUCUCCGCCUUCCAGUCCCUGCACAUCGUCAUGCUGGGCCUGGACUCGGCGGGGAAGACCACGGUGCUUUACCGGUUGAAGUUCAACGAGUUCGUCAACACGGUGCCCACCAUCGGUUUCAACACGGAGAAGAUCCGGCUGAGCAACGGGACGGCCAAAGGCAUCAGCUGCCACUUUUGGGAUGUGGGUGGGCAGGAGAAGCUGCGCCCGCUCUGGAAGUCCUACAGCCGCUGCACCGAUGGCAUCAUCUACGUGGUGGACUCGGUGGACGUGGACCGGCUGGAGGAGGCCAAAACGGAGCUGCACAAGGUGACCAAGUUCGCCGAGAACCAGGGCACCCCGCUGCUGGUCAUCGCCAACAAGCAGGACCUGCCCAAAUCCCUGCCGGUGGCCGAGAUCGAGAAGCAGCUGGCCCUCCAUGAGCUGACCCCUUCCACCACCUACCACAUCCAGCCCGCCUGCGCCAUCAUCGGCGAGGGGCUCACGGAGGGCAUGGACAAGCUCUACGAGAUGAUCCUGAAGCGGAGGAAGUCCCUCAAGCAGAAGAAGAAGCGGUAGAAGCCCCGCAGACGCAGGCAGGGAUGGGGAAGCAGACAAAGGAACCGAGGGGGAGAGACAACCAAAGCGAUCCUUUUUGUUCUAAUCGUUAAUAUUAUUUUUUUUUUCCCUCUUUUUAUUUUUUUUUUUUUUUUUUAACCCCUGCCCCCUUCUCCUUUCCAAACGAAAAGACAAUAGUGGUGAUAACAAAGCCGCUCCUGCCAGCCAAACUCAAAUCCCGGUUGCGGGCGAAAGCCGGGAUCUUCCCCCCUCUCCCCACCGCCCCUUUCCGUGGACCACCGUGCACCCACGGGCCGCAUCCGGAGCUCGGGGUGGGGGUGGGGGACCCCCGGGCCGGGCUGGAGACGUGCUGACGGGGUGAAACCCCCCCCCAUCUCCCCCCCCCCCCGCUCCGUCCUUGGGGGCCACCGAGCUUUUGUGUGCCGGGGGCGAACAGGGCAGGACCCUGUUGAAGUGCAUUUGAGAGAAGCCCAGCGUGCUUCUGGAUCUUUAACGUGUGCAUUUUGGGGUGGGAGGAGGCCGGGGGGCGGGGGGGGGGAGGGAUGGAUGCUAUGGGGGGGUGGUGGUGUGUGGGGGGGUGAAGGCAGCGCCUAGGUUCGGGAAGGUCAGCAGUGAGGGGGGCUUCCAGCUGCGCCCCGAUUCUUGCCCGCAUCCCUCCCCCUCGUUUGUCAGUGGGGAGGGGUGUAAAAAGAGGGGGGGGGGUGUGGGUGAUGGGUAAAGGACAUCCCCCUCCCCCCCCCCCCCAUCUGGUGUUUUGGGGGGCGGAUGGGUGCAGAGCAAGGACAGGCAGCCUUGAGCCCGGGGGAGGGGGGUGUGUGUGUGUGUGGAAGGCUGCGGCGCCGGGGGUGCUGAGCUUUAAGCAGUUUGCUUUAAGAAAAAAAAAAAAAAAAAAAAAAAAAAAAAAAGGCAAAAGGUUUUGAGUGAACACUGCUGGAAGUGUUGGGGGGGAUGUCCAGGAGCCUCCCCCUUUCUCAAAGGCUUAAUUAAUUGUGUCAUCUUCUGAAGCAAAGCCCCGAGCAGGUCUUUAUUGUGCCCAGGCAGAGAGAUGUGCUCCAAGGUGCUAAUCUGCUCUAGCUGGGGUGAUCCUAACUAGGGGGGUUAUUUAAAUUAAAAUAAAUAAAUUAAAAAAAAAAAAAAAAAAAAAGGCAAGCUUCAUGGUACUGGUCACCGUGCUGCUCCGCAGUCGGUGCAGGAGGUCAGGGCUAAAUGUGGGGUUUUGGAGGGGGGGGGUCACGGCAGGGCAGGGCGGAUGGACAGCUGCUGGCACUGCUGGCCGAGGUGGCCAGAGCUUGCAAAAUCUCUGCUGGAAAGGGACUUGGCAGCACUGGGAAAAUGGCAGGGUGUGAAGAGACAUUGGGGAGGAGGGUGGGGAUGGGGGGGGCGGGGAGUGGGUUACCUAGCGGGGGGGUGUUAGUUUUUUAUAAAGAUUUAAACCCUAUUCGAAGCGGAGAGCCCCUUGCUGCCAGCGGUAGCCGUGUGGGCUGCCUCUGCUUGCCGAGCGCCCGGGGCAGGGGCAGGGGCCUCGCCGCCUCCUUCUGCAGGUGAACGUUUUGGUACCUGGAUGGAACUGGGGACCGUUUGCUUUCUCUGUGUUGGCCUGGGACCCAGCUCUCUGGAGGAGAAAACCAGGGGCUUGGCUUUCCACGCUGCCCACCGAGCAGAAGCGGGCAACCCUCAGGGGCCAGGUAUCCCGAGUUUGGAGCCGCACGGUCUGGCAGGAUUUUCUGGUUGAUUUUUACACCAGCCUUCCUGUUCGAAAACCCCUUCCCAGAGCAGCCAAGGAGAAACCACCAAGCAGACAAAAGAAAAAUGCCCUUUGGGUUUCAGGGAGUUGAUUCUCCCCUUGCAGCGAUGAGCACGGCACCUUCCAAAUAGCGUUUUGUUUUUUUUUUUUUUUUUUUUUGGUUAGGAAACAAAUGUUGCAGCCAAGUAGUAUUUUCUCUUCUUGCGGGAUUUGAGUUCCCAACACGAGUCCUGACGUGUGCGCUGAGUGAGUGGGCUGGUCCCAUCAGUUCAGGUGGCUCUGUUCCCGCUUCCUUGGGUUUUCUUUGCUUUGUCUUCACCUCCAACACUUUGGUACUUGCUGUCCAGAGAGGAGAAACAAAAAAAAAAAAAAAAUUAUUUUUUGAUGCCACAGAAGCCAUGUGCAUUAACCCAUUUUUGGAGAGUGACCGAUUUUAGAGGCGAAAUAUAAAACUUAAAGCUACGUUUUCCCCACCAGCUCGGAAGCGAUCAGGUGAAAAUGCCACGUGCAGGCUAUUAGCUGUGGGCUUUGCCUCCUUGCUGUUGAGACGUAGGUCUUGGUUUAGCAAAUGCUGCCAUGGAAAGCCCAGUGGCAUGAAUUUACGGAGCUCGGUCCUUCCUGGGAGUUUGUUACACCCAGCUCAGCUGAGCAUCCCCCCUUGGAGAACUGGCUGGUUUUCAGCAGAGCACGCUUGAAGGUUCAGCUGAGCCAGGUGGGAUGCUGUGGCGGUGCCAUUCCCACCGACUCUGUUUUCUGCAAUAAUUAAAAAGAUUUUUCCAAUUAGUA